ACACGCAACUCUUAUUCCGUAUCGCUCGUUCUUUCUCUCUCGAUCUCGAUUCUUCGUUUCAAUAUCUAGGGUUUUUGCCGUCAUAUACUUUGCUCUUUUGCUUCGUAUCUAUUCUCUGCGUUUUGUUUUUCUUGGAUUGAAGUUGUUGAGAGCUUAAUUCGUUGCGGCAUUUGUAAUCCGAAUUUAUCAAAUCAGUAAAAAUGCAUUAUUGAAUACUUUAAAGUAAUGAAAAAAAAUAAAAUUUUAAAAUCAACCCUAAAAGGAAUAUUAUCAAAAGCAUUGAUACUAAAUGGAAGCAAAGUAACAAAAAGACACUAAAGUAAUAAUUUUUCUUAGUCUUUUAUUUUUGAAAAAUUUUCUUCUUCUAUAAAAGCCCUAACUCAAUCUCCUUUGCAAUACAAUCCAUCCUAUAGUCAAAAUUUGCUUGGACAAAAAAAAAAUGUCAAAAUUUGCAAAAUAUUAUCAAUCAAAAUCAAUUUCAACUCUUCACAAAAUCCUAAAAAUAUUAUCAAUCAAAUUCGAGUUUUUUCCCUUAAAUUUUAAAAGCAAUUACUAAAAAUAAAGUAGUUAUUUAUUUUUUAUUUUAUUAAAAAUAAUGUUUCAUUAAUCAAAUUUUAAAUAAAUUCUCUUAUCAUUUAAAAAAACAAGGAAAUGAAAAAUGUAGGCAAAGGUCCUUCACCUAAAUGCUGCUGCGUUUUGCGGUGCGACGAGCGACAACCCGAACCGCGGGUAAUUGGGUUCGGUUUGUUUCUGAUUCAGCGUCAAGCCCAAGCCUUUCAAUAUGGAGGCGGAAGAAGGAGAUGGGAAAAGAAGGAUUGAUGGUAGCGAAAGGGCUGAAGAGGCUCCAGUCGAACCCGGUUCGGUUGGACUGGUUUAUCCGGUCUAGCGUUUUUCGAUUGCUAAAGUCCGAUCUUGUGGCUGUCCUCGCUGAGUUUCAGCGUCAGAACCAAGUCUUCCUCUGCAUGAAGUUGUAUGAUAUAGUUCGCAAAGAAAUAUGGUACCGGCCAGACAUGUUUUUUUAUAGGGAUAUGCUUAUAAUGCUUGCACGAAAUCGAAGAGUGGAAGAAACGAAGAGAGUUUGGGAAGAUUUGAAAGUGGAGGGAGUUUUGUUUGAUCAGCAUACAUUUGGAGACAUUAUUAGAACUUUUCUAGAUUGCGAAUUGCCCUCAGAGGCAAUGAACAUAUAUGAAGAAAUGAGACAAUCUCCUGAGCCCCCUCUUUCAUUGCCUUUUCGUGUUAUAUUAAAAGGGCUCAUUCCAUAUCCAGAGUUAAGAGAGAAAGUAAAAGAUGACUUCUUAGAGAUUUUUCCAGAUAUGAUAAUCUACGACCCUCCAGAGGACUUGUUUGAAGAUAAUUUGCAGCACCAAGAUAGAGAUAAUAAGAAUAUUAUUGCAUAGUUCUUUGGAUACCCGACAUAAUUAUCUGCACUUUGCUUUGACAAAUUUUAUUCAAGUAAAGAUCGAGGUGUUUGCACCAUAUUUUGUAUUUUGAACUAGCGUGAUGCUAUGCAAUGUUGAGAUUUUGUAGCGAUUGUAAGUAAUCACAAUUGUUUUUUUUUUUAUCUCAAUUGAGUUUUUCCAUCUUUCGAUGUUUACCUUUUUUUAAUCAUUGUACAUUUGAGCCUAAACAAUGAAUGAAUAUUCGUGAUACGU